AUGAUUUCUUUUUCCCAGAUGCUGUGCAGAGACGGCGAACUGAUGAAAAUGCCUUCCUAUAGACUGAUGUUAGCUCUGGGUGUGUUCGAUGUCAUUCAGUGUGUGCCGCAUUUCGUCACCGGGAUAUUCACAAUACUCCAGUCGGUGGUGCAUCCUGCACUGGCAAAGGCGAUGGGUGUACUGGCGACGCCCUCCUACGUUGCCUACACCGUGCUCACCGUUGUGUUAUCAUUUAAUCGAUUUAUUCAAAUCUAUUCGCCUCGUUUUGAAUCUAUUUUGUUCGCUGAAAAAACUGUAAAGUAUUGGAUAGGAGUAGGAGCCCUCAUGUGGUUGCUAUUCGUAUUCGCUCUGUCUUCACCAUGGGCAACAAUUAGGUACCUUCCCGAUCAAUACUCAUGGGAUUACGACUACACGCUCAGGUAUUCGUGGUUGGUACAGAAGAGCGAGAUGUUCAUCGAGUUGAGCACUAUCCUCGUCUCAGCGGUGUUCUACAUCCUGGUCAUCAUUGCCCUCUAUCGUACACGAAAACGUUACAUGGCCAACUCGAACAGUCGUGCCGAGAUUAAAAUACUCAUUCAAGCGCUAGUAAUCACCGUAUACUGCACCGUACUUAAUUUUCUAUGGCAUAAUUCGCAGGUGAAUUCAUACGUUAUGAGGCGAUUCGAGAGAAGAUUAACCCUCGACGACUUACCAUAG